GAUUGGCCCAUUAACUUCUUGGUUGAAGCAAAUAAACAAAACGGACAUUAAGUAUGGAAGUACUGACCCUAUUAACAUAGUUCAAUGGAUGUGUUUAAUGGGGCUAAGAAGUGGGCAAAAUACCUUCAGUGAUAUUCCAGCACCUCGUCUACCAAAGGGCUGGAUAGUGUGUUGUGGGUUAUGGUGCCAUACUACAAUCCCUUUUCCUAAAGAUACUAGUUCAAGAGGUUGGUGCACUAUGGUCCAACUCUUCCCAUACAUGAGUGCUCAAUCAGGAAAAGAAGUACGGAUGGGACCAGCCCAUGGGGUGCUCAUGUUCCAUAACACACACAGGAAAAAGAGGGCACUGACGAGCACAUGGGAAAAGUUUUACAUGAGCAUCUUAGGUCCAACAGGAACUGCAAUGGCCCUAGUAAGAGUAGAUGCCUUCCAGGAAUUAGUCGAGAACUGGGUUAAUAUCACCACAAAAGACCUGGGGAUGAUAAAUGAGGAAAUGAGAAAAAUAAGGAUGGAACAGGAAGUGAUUAGGCAGAGACAGGAGAGACUAAUGAUGGCAGUCACUGGACUGUGUGAUCAAACAGAAAACAAACAAAUCUGUUGCAUUUAUUUCUCUAACUUCACCAAAGAGACAAGGGACAUUGAGGUACCAGAUUACUAUGAUAUAAUCAACAGUCAUCAAGAGGAAAGGGAAAGAUUACAAGGGGAAUUACAUAAUAUGCCUGGGUCAUGGAACCCUUUUGACUUGAUAGGAGAUUGGACAGGAGGUAUCUUCUCCGGAAUUUUCAACUUUUUCAGAAAAGCAGGCAUUGUUAUUUUAAUGACUUUGGUAUUUUUACUCCUUAUAUAUUGUCUAAUAAAGUUCACAAUAUGGGGAGUGGGAAAAACCUCUCAAUUGAUAAAGCAUAAGAAACCACCAGAAGAAUCAGGUGAAUAUGUCACCCUUAAAAAGGGAAGUACCCUGAGAAAGAUACCGAGAAUUGGUGUGUGGUAUAAGGAGUGAUCACAUGGAAUGGGAAUUCCAUAUGAUCAAAGAGGGGAUUGUAAGGAAAUUAUGUCUAUAUCCACACACGUUCACAUAUAUAUGUAAUAAUUCAGCCUUAUAUGCUUGUAUUAAAUAUGCAGAGUUCUUCUUUAAAGGAAAUAUUUUAUACUCUUAUGACAGCAAG